AGAAGCGAGGUUCCAGCAAAUCGAUUUCAAAUCCCACCAUUGAAAUUCGAUCGCCACGAUUUGAAAUCGGACCAAACCUUGGCCGCCGCCGCAGCCGCCAGGGGAUGGCGGCGGUGGAGCGCCAUGCCGCUAUCCCAAAGCCCCUCUCCCUCUUCGCCUCCCGCCUCUCCCACCACAGGUCUGGGGAUGAGGAGCUCCGGGUGCUGGAGGCCGCGCUUUCCGUCGGAGCCGACGUCCCCGCGCUGCUCGCCACACGGUCGGCGGCCCGGCGCCUGCUGCGAGCGCGCGCGGCGGAGGCGCUCGUGGCGGCCGGUCCGGUGGAGGACGAUGGGAGGAGGAUCGCCAUUGCCAACUUCUUCGCCCGCGCCUUCGCCCUCGUCGGCGAUGUCGAGGUCAGCACCGCGCCUGUUCCCCGAAGUGCUGACAGCUGA